GAUGUGGUACCUGUCAGUCCUGGUGUGUUAACCCUGGCCCACAGCGGCACACCUUCAGAUGAGAUAACCUACCUGCCAGGACUGGUCAAACAACCCAGCUUCAAACACUACUCAGGUUACCUGCAGGCCAGCGGGACCAAGCAGCUACACUUUUGGUUGCUAGAGUCCCAGUCCAGUCCACCCCAUGACCCAUUGGUCCUGUGGCUGUCUGGAGGUCCAGGCUGCAGCUCACUCUACGCCCUCCUCAUGCAGAAUGGACCAUUCCGGAUUCAAGAUGAUGGCUUCAGCCUUGAGUACAAUGAUUACAGCUGGAACAAGGAGGCCAAUGUGCUGUAUCUGGAGUCACCAGCGGGGGUGGGCUUCUCCUACUCUGAUGACCAGAACUACACCACUAAUGAUGAUGAGGUUGCUGAAGACAAUUAUCUUGCGCUGCAAGACUUUUUCAAGCGGUACCCUUACUAUAAAAGCCACAACUUCUUCAUAACGGGAUCCAGUUAUGCAGGCUUUUACGUCCCAAUGUUAGCUCUUAAGGUCAUGCAGGACUCAGAUAUCAAGUUUCAGGGCAUUGCAGUUGGAAAUGGUCUAAGCAGUAUUCCAUUGAAUGGAAACUCCAUCGUCUACUUUGCCUACUACCAUGGCCUUAUUGGGGAUGACCUUUGGACAGACCUGACGCAGUCUUGCUGCCCCAGCAACAACAGCAUCAAUGCACACUCCUGUAACUUCUACAACAAUACCAACCCUGACUGUGCUACUGCUAUGGAACAGGUGUCCCAUGUGAUCAAGGACAUAGGUCUGAACAGGUACAACCUGUUUGCCAACUGUUCAGGUGGGAUCCCUCCUCACUCAGCUGGGCUGGGCUUCGAUGGACAGAAAUACGUCACCUAUGAUGUGGACCCACCUGUGUUCCAUAAGUACUACUUUGGGCAGAAGAGGAGAAUGAUACUGAAGGACAUCCCCAGCCACAAGCUGAAGGCACAGAUCCCCUGCAUCAACACAUCGGCCAUCACCACGUACCUCAACAACCCAUACGUCAGGCAGAGUCUACAUAUACCAGAGAACAUCACCUCCUGGGAAGUCUGCUCAUCUGCUGUCCUACAGCACUACACUUUCCAAUACGAUACCAUGAAAUCUCAGUACGACCAGAUCAUCAUGGCAUUUGUAAGUUCAUGGACACACACACACACACACACACACACACACACACACACACACACACACACAAUGUCAUGCACACAAAUACGAGGAACAUUAAAAAGUUCUCAGCCUCAUCCAGAAAUAAUAAGCACAACUUUACAGGAACAGAUUCAAAGGAGGGCAUGGCUGUUCAAUGAUGGGAAGGACCAAAUUGCUGGCUUUGUCAAGGAAUACCAAAACUUUGCCUUCCUAACAGUCAAGGGUGCAGGUCAUAUGGUCCCCAUGGACAAGCCUAACGCUGCCUUCACCAUGAUCAACAACUUCCUAAAGAAGAGACCUUUUUGAAGGAGAGACCAAUAUCAAGACAAGCUUUUCUGCAACAGGGAUUCAUGAAAUGUACUUACAAACAUAUCUAGUAAAACUCAGUGUGAUGGACAAUGUGCAAAAGAA